CGAGAACGCAUGCGUGAUAAACAGAGUCAAAGUGAUUGACGAAUCAGAGUCAUAUGAUAAUUUUUAUCACGUUAUUAUACCCGUACCCGUAAUGGUACUCGAGCUUUCUGUUUUUAUCACUGAGAAAAGUCCAACCUGUCCCUCCCUCCGUAAAUGUUUAUGUCAACCAUUAUUCUACUAUGUUUCAUUAAUGUUUUACGUUCAUAAACGAACACUGUUCGUGAGAAAUGCAUGGAAUCAAGAGAAUAUUAGUUUUCUGCACGUUAACAACUAUUUUACCGAUUAUACUCCUCGUAACACCGCUAUAUUUACGUCAUAAUUUUUAUGCCAGUGUAGCAUAUGCCGUAACGGAUUCCGAUAUCUUGGAAAUUACCGAUGGAAUCUCUACGAUAUUUUGCUCGGCACACACUUUACAGAUGAAUCGAACGUUCAAUGCGUUUCAAAUGGCCCAGAAGCCGGAAAUAACUUCGUACAGGAAGCAUAUACGUCUUAAAAAAAGCAUGACGCUGCCUGACGAUACUCUGGAGUACUGGGGAUUCUAUCUCAUGGGAGGAGCUAGCGUGGCUCUUUCCGUAUGCUCAAGGUUCGAAGGUGCUUCUAUACUUGUCGUGAAAGGAGAGCGCAAUUUACGAACUUGUGGCAUCAUUGAACACCAUAAUACGGAAUUAAAUAAAGCCAAUUUUAUGCCAGGGGCGAAGAGGCAAGUCAAAAUCACGUUCGAAUCGAAUGCGAAAGAAAUCCGUUCUAACGAGGCACCGAACGAAACUGGAGACAAACUCUCGAACAAUACCGAUCAAGAGUUCCAUUCUAGAGGGAAUCUUAAGUACAACAAAGAAAAUCUAAUGGGAGAUUCAAAGAAAUUAAUUUGGGACGAAGAUCAAGCGGAACUCGUGCGUAAUACUAGGAAAUUGAGACAUGCCAGGAAGAAGGAAAUGAAAGAAAAGGAACAGAGUAAUAUUGGAUUGAGGAGGAUAUUAAGUUUCGAAGAAGGUAUCGAGAGAAUUAAGAGGAACAACGAAGUCGUUAAUCCAACGCUUUUACUCGACCAGGGAGUUAAACACGGAGGAAACGCUGGGAAUUUGACUAAAAUCGACGAGGAUUCCUCGGUUUCCAGUUUCGAAAAUGAAUUAUUCAACUGUUACGGGGGCUCGAUAUUAAUCGCUCAAGAAUUCGCCCCUUCCAAACAAUGUACCGAUGUAACUUACCUACUGAAUGGGAAACACAUGCAGGCGGUGCACAAUGUCGAAGAGAAUGGAUACUAUUAUUACAUAUUUUACAGCGACAACGAUAUCGUGUCGAACGAUAUACACGCUUUGUUUGAUAUCUACAAGCCUGUUUUUCAUUACGAGGACGUAACCAGCUCUUGUAUAAAUCAAACGAAAUGUUCCUUCCCGAUAAGUCUAUUAUCUUCAGAUAGGGUGAUCGUUGAAAUACCGAACAAGGAUGAUAUUGAUAACGAGAUAGAGGAUAUCAAUCUGCUCCUAUCGAUUUGUCAUCCGCGUAUGGAAGUCUAUAUAAUUUUCCCUGUAGCAGUAUUAUUCUUUAUUCUAGCUUGUGCCUUCAUGUGAUAUACAUUUGUAAAUAAAUGUGUGUAUAAUAAAUUUGUAUAUAUGCGUACAUA